GCCACUCCUGGUGCAAAAAUGCAAGCAGUUCAGCUUGGUUUGAUGGCUUGUGAUCAUGCAUCUUCCUCUUGAUUCCUCUUCCACUUGGUCUCUUUUUAUUCAGAAAUGUAAGAUGUUGUUAAGGUUCUCUUGUGGGGGUGUUCUAGUUACAAUUUACUUGACAAUUUCAACAUCUGAGGUCAAACACAAGGUAGCAAUAUCACUCCAGAUUUAUGGGGAAGAAAAAUGGUUGGUGUGGUCAGUCUGGCGUAGUCUACCUGAUAGUGAGCUCCCAAACCUCGUGAGUAAAUUGGGUUCAAUCCCUGGUCUGUGUUAAUAUACUGUGCUACACCAAUAGGAGUCUUGGGUAUGACUCCAAACACCAAAUCAGCUCAAAUUGGUCACUAUGGGUAAGAACGUGAAAUGCUAAUGUUAUCCAUUAUGUUAACCAGUGCAUUUGUCUGUUAGAGCUUGAGAUGUGAUGUGUGAGCCAUCAGCAGCCGGAGUCAGAGAGGUGGAAAGAUCUGACUCAUGUCUGUUAGCACUGAAUGAUGUUGGAGGUCUAGCUAGUAGGUAGUAAUGGAUACCAAUUAGGGCCAAUCCCAUUUCACUUAUUGCCCCUACCACUUAGCCUUGCGUCCUGAUUUCGGCUUGGCAUAGAGGGGUAGGGUACGGAGAUUUUUAAGAAGGACACUUCAAACGGGUUGUGACAAAGUAGCCCCAUGCAACUAAGUUCCAAGAGAGGGAAUGACACUUAAAACAAAGAUAUAGAGGUACAAUUGAGCAAUAAAAUUGGGUCUUAAUUGUGGGUUAUUUUCAAAAUCGUCAAGUAACAUACAUCAUCUCAUCCUUCAGGUCAUACUAUCUGUCCAAACAACAAUGAAGAUUUCACCCAUCCUGCUUGUAUCCACACUGCUGGUCAGUCUAUGGGGCUCAGUCCUGUGCAGAAAACUCCAUCUGGGCACCUGUAGCCUGACCGUCCACACUCAUGAGCUCAGGCAUCACUUCCAGCAGAUCCGCCACAGCAUGCUCACAGAUGAUAGCCACAAGGGUGUGCGCUUGCUGAAAGUCAACAUUAUGAAAAAUCUGCAGGCCACAGAGAGCUGCUGCUUCCUCAGGCAGGUCCUGAGGUUCUAUAUCGAGAAGGUCUUCAGCAGCUACACAAGCAGCCAGUCUCUCCACAGGAGAACCACCAGCGUAUUGGCCAACUCUUUCCACAGCAUCACCAAAGAACUGAAAUUAUGUCAUGCUCAGAUGCACUGCCAGUGCAGCCAAGAAACCAACUUGAAAUUUGAUGCCAUCCAGACCAACUAUGACAAGUUGGAGAUGGGAGCAGCUUCGGUGAAGGCGAUUGGAGAGCUGGACUCUGUGCUGGAGUGGCUCGAGAGCUUCCACAGCAACUGAGACCAUCACCAAAACUAAGCAAAGCUGGACAUUGUGUGGAUGUGGAGACUUUUGGAUUAUUUGUGGACAUUCACUCGAUCACAGGAUGUUGAAUCACUGAAGGAGCUACAUGUAGACCUCCUACAAUUACCAGAGAAAACAUUUUGACCUUAAAAUCAUAACUACUGAUUAUUUAUUGAAUAUCUAUUGGCGCUGUUUUGAUUUUAAUUUAUUAUGU